GUCAUAACUGGAAUAUUAGCAAUAAUCCGGAAACAUAAAUAACCCUUUUGAAAAACACUACUAUGCUCAUAUUCCGGUCUUUAAAAACCCGAAUAUUACCCCUGGGUUAUUCGUUUUCUAACCUGAAUACUGAGUCAUUUAUACGCCUAUCGGGAUAUCCCCAUCGAAAGGAAUACUGAUUUGUGUUCUGCGCAUGCUCCAUUCGAAAGGAAUCUUGGGUAUUUGACAGGAAGUAUUGAAUUUGAAAACAUGGCGGCAUGCAAAAGGGCAUAUUUUUGGACCGAGGAGGAAACUAACUGUAGCACUAAGAAAGUCUGUCCGGUUGCCCCAUUGCUGCAGCAGCUAAACUGAACAAGAACCAGGAUAAGCAGGUCCAUUUACAGGCUCCAGUCAGUGAACCCACAUCCAACUCUGACAGGGUGCUCAGGCCUAUGUGUUUUGUAAAACAGCUGGAGAUCCCCCAGUAUGGUACCUACAGGCCCAACACGGUCACAACCACACCUCGAGCAAACCUGGCCAAGGAGUUGGAGAAAUACUCCAAGGUGUCUUUUGACUAUGCAAGCUUUGACGUCCAGGUGUUUGGAAAGCGUAUGCUUGUUCCAAAAACAACCGCUACUGAAACAUCACCCAAGGCCUUCAAAACUAAAUCCUUCACCAAGGCCUCUUCCCCAACCCGGACAGAAUCAGGAGGCCUUUCAAAGACGACUUUGUCCUCCAAUGAAUAUGACUGCAGUCAAGAUGCCGAGGCAGCCCAUAUGGCCGCUACAGCCAUUCUCAACCUGUCCACCCGCUGCUGGGAGAGACCAGAGACCCUUAGCAACAAUCACAGGGAGCCCUGCACCGAGGAGCCUGAUAUUGAAGUCGAUGAGAACGGCACCUUGGACCUCAGCAUAAAGAAGACCAAGAGAGAGAGCGUGCAGUCUCCAGAGCCGUCAUCAUCCUCUUCCUCAUCUUCUCAGCACACAGGAGGUGCAUUAUCUCAGGGCCACACUCAACCCGAGUGGGAGGGGCCGCUGGACUUCACCAAAUCAAGCAGUGUCAAGGAGGAAGGCCACGAUGAGGUGGAUUAUACAGCUACCUCAUACACCUCAUCUGAUGUUGAGGACGAGGACCAGGAGAACUUGGAGGACAGGAAGUACCCUGGGGAAGUCACUACCAGCAGCUUCAAGGUCAAGUUCCCACCCAAAGACAGUAAAAAAGACAUUCUUGUAUGUCCCACCCCAGGCUGUGAUGGUAGUGGACACAUCACUGGCAACUAUGCAUCACAUCGAAGUCUAUCAGGCUGUCCUCUUGCAGAUAAAUCACUACGGACACUCAUGGCUGCCCACACAGCUGAACUUAAGUGUCCGACUCCUGGCUGUGAUGGAUCAGGCCAUAUCACAGGAAACUAUGCCUCACAUAGAAGGUAGAAACUCUUCUUCUCCACUCAUUAUUUUGGGGCUUUUUAAUUAGUCGGACGCUCUGUUUUCCUCUCUUCCAGUUUGUCCGGAUGCCCUCGAGCCAAGAAGGGUGGAGUCAAAUCCAACCCCACGAAGGAUGAUAAGGAUGACUCAGAGUUAUUGCGGUGUCCUGUACCCGGUUGCGACAGUCUCGGUCACAUUAGCGGGAAGUAUGCCACGCACCGCAGCGCUUACGGCUGUCCUCUGGCAGCACGUCGACAGAAGGAAGGUGUUCUUAAUGGAACUCCCUUCUCGUGGAAGACUUUCAAGACCGAGGGCCCGACCUGCCCGACGCCAGGCUGUGACGGCUCCGGACAUGCCAAUGGGAGUUUUCUGACGCACCGCAGUUUGUCAGGUUGUCCCAGAGCACUGGCCAGUAAGAAGAAAGCCAAGUUCCCUGGAGAUGAGUACAUCACUGCCAAGUUCAGGGCGAGUGACGUUCUGGACAACGAUGAGGACAUCAAGCAGCUCAAUCAAGAGAUCAACGACCUGAGUGAGUCCAAUUCAGAGAUGGAGGCAGACAUGAUGAAUCUUCACACCCAGAUCUCGUCUAUGGAGAAGAACUUGAAGAGCAUGGAGGAGGAGAAUAAGCAGAUUGAGGAGAAAAAUGAGGCCUUGUUUCUGGAGUUGUCUGGCCUGAGUCAGGCACUGAUCCAGAGUCUGGCCAACGUCCGUCUGCCGACCAUGCAGGAGCCGUUGUCAGAGGACAACUUCGACAAUUACGUGGAGACCCUGACUCACAUGUUCACCAAUAAGGACUGCUACCAGAACCCGGAGAACCGAGCUCUGCUUGAGUCCAUCAACCAGGCGGUAAAAGGAAUCGAGGUGUGAUGCGUUCAAGGAACAAGGACAUGACAAGAGUUAAAAGUUUGUGGCAGAAUCUUCUCAUUUGGAACAUUGCCAUCUGUUCUUUGUAUAUUUCUUUGCUCUUGUGUAUACUUUUCCUGUUUGCAUGUUGCUUUAGGACAAUGAAGAGUGGGAACACACGUACACAUGGCGGUCCAACUGCUACUGUGACAUUUGGCAUGUGAAACGUGCAGAAGAUAAGAUUCCCUUGCUGAACAUAUCCUAUGUCCACUCUAUAAUGUUGGUAGUAUUCUGUAAGAUCAUAGUGAUGUUCCACCUACUGGACUAGCUUUUUCUCGCUUCAUUCUUACUAUUGCUGUGUGACUACUCGUCAUUUGCAAAUGUUGGCUCAUUAUAAUAUAUUUAUUCAUGUCGUGUAUAUGAUUAUGUUUGUCUACUAUUAUUUAUCAACUAUUUAUUCACGGUUUAAUUUUAAUGUGUUACCUGAGAAGAUUUUAAAGCAGGAGACUAAAGCAAAUGAACAAGAGAAGGGGAAAAAAAACUUUCUCAGCACUGUUGAACAAAGGACAUAUUUUAAGAUAUCAACUAUGAAUUGUUUUAUAAAGUUAUUUAUUUAAAAUAUUGGAAUCUUUUUACAGUAAAUGCAAACAUUUUGUAUAUGAAAGUUUUGAAAUAAUUUACUAACGACUUUUUAUUUAUGUAUUUAUUUAUCAAUGCUUCUGUUUUUAUUAUUUUUGACAAUAUGUGUUGGGGUAUUUUGCAAUUCACUGAAAAUAUAGAACUGCACUGAUUUGGUGAUGAACAAAGUGACGUGUGAAACAGUGAUGGUGAAUAUUCAUUUUGUUGUGUCUACGUGUGACGAUGACUGUGUAUGGAUUCUCUGUGGUAGUUUUUGAAAAUAAACGUUGACCAACAUUUAA